AUGGGCGACCCUUUAUCCGUCACCGCUAGUGUAGCGGGUCUUGUUUCCCUCGGCCUCCAGACUACAGAGUACCUCUACAAAUACUAUGCAGCCUACAAGGAUCGCGAGGAGGAUCUAGCCAAAACCACGAACCGAUUGAGCGACCUUUUACAGACUCUGGGUGUUAUCGACGAAGUGCUCCGGUUACGAAAAUGGCGGUCCAACGAGCAGACGACUCUACAGAACAUUGAAAACGCCAUCUACCGAAGUGAGGACGUGAUUCAGGAUCUGCAAGAGGAGGUACGAAAGUUUCAGAAAGAGCCGACGACCAAUGUGACUACAGCUAUUCGAGCUGCCGGACGGUGCGCGGCGUACCCUUUUCGCAAAAGCACUCUCGCGAAGCUCGACGAAGACGUCGGCGCCUUCCGCGAAAACCUGUCGAUCGCCCUGCAAGCUCUCCAUUUGAAGGAACAUCAAAACACCCAGAACGACAUCGAAGAAGUGAAACACAUUGUCAAGAGUGCACAAGCACAACAUCUGGCGGCUGGGGUGCGUCAAUGGUUGCGAGCACCUGAUGCGACGGUCGAUUACAAUGCCGCGUGCACCAAACGUCACGCUGGGACCGGGCGAUGGUUUGUGCAAGGUCCGCCCUUUACCGCAUGGCUGCAGCGGGACAACUCGUUUCUCUGGCUGUACGGCUUUGCUGGCUCUGGUAAGUCUGUCCUGUGUUCCACCGCCAUUCAGCACGCCUUUCGUCAACAACGUGCUCGCCCGGGAAGUGCGACCGCGUUCUUCUUCUUCACCUUCAACGAUGAGUCCAAGCGGGAUGUAUCCGCGCUGCUACGGGCGCUGUUGCUGCAGUUGUCAGGACAGAUCGCUGGUGUUGAGGCAGAUUUAGCAAAAUUACAAGACUCGACCAACCAUGGCACGCCUGCUGUGCCGGUAUUGAUGGAACACCUACGCCAAGCGGUGACUAGAAGUCGUCAUGUGUACAUCUUGCUGGACGCACUAGACGAAUGUCCUGCUGGUAACGUACGUCGUGACGUGUUAGCAACGAUUCAGACGAUGCGCCAAUGGUCAUUGCCCGGAUUGCACUUACUCGUCACCAGCCGGGACCUGCCAGACAUCCGAGACCAUCUGUAUUCUCAAGACCAAAUCCAGGACAGGGAGUACGUUGCACUGAGCAACCACAAUGUACGCCAAGAUAUCCACGAUUACCUCAUCCACCAUGUCGACCACGAUCCUGGCCUGCGGCGAUGGGGUGACCACCGCGGCAAGAUCAAGGACUACCUGGCGCAACAUGCAAAUGGCGUGUUCCGGUGGGUUGACUGCCAGCUGCAGUCCUUGCGAGAUUGUCCUCGGAGCGUGAGACAUCUCGAAAAACGUCUUCGGGACUUGCCUCCGUCCCUCGACGAGACGUACGAGCGGAUGCUCUGCAACAUUGAUGCCGCAUCGCAAGAUGAUGCUCAGCGGAUCUUGGCGCUGCUCUGUUGUUCGACUCGACCUCUUUCAGUUGAUGAACUGAUCGAUGCGCUCGCGAUCGACCUCGAGGAUGACAAGGGUUUCGACGCUGAUCGGAGAUUCGAGGGCACUGACGAUCUGCUUUGCAUCUGCCCCGGGAUGAUCGAGGUCCAUCUGACCACGCGUCAGACUGACAGCAGUUUCAGUGAUGAUGACACCCCUGCCCAAGCUGUCCGUAUAGCUCACUUUUCGGUGCAGGAGUAUCUGGUGUCCGAUCGCAUCAAACAAGGCCGCGCCGCUCGGUUUGCCAUAUCAGCUGCCGUCGAGCAUGCGCGAAUCAGCCAGACAUGUUUACUCUAUCUCAGUGACGACGAGUUUCUCGGACAAGCCAUGACGCCAGACCUGGUUGAACAGUAUCCUUUCGCGAUGUUUGCCGCAAGGUAUUGGUAUCAGCACUAUCGGCAGGCCGAUGCUGAGUCUGCUACGCACUUGUCAGUCAAGGCGACUAAGUUUUUGGGAGAACGCACGAUGCUUGACCGUUGGAUCAUGCUUCACGACCCGGACCGACCAUGGCGGAGAGAGACCGAUUACGGUGCUUCCGCUAAAGAUCGUGCCUCAGCAACAUACUAUGCAGCUCUGCUCGGGCUCGAAGAUGUCUUAGCACGUAUCUUGUCUACCUCACGAGCCGAUAUCAAUGCUCAAGGAGGAUUAUACGGUAACGCACUACAGGCCGCAUCAAUAGAAGGUCACGAGACGGUAGUGCAGAUACUGCUCGAGAAGGGAGCGGACAUCCAUGCUCAAGGAGGAUUGAUAUACGAUAGCGCACUACAGGCCGCAUCAACAGAAGGUCACGAGACCGUGGUGCAGAUGCUGCUCGAGCAGGGGGCCGUUAAUGCUCAAGGAGGAAAGGACUAUGGUGACGCACUAAUCCUUGCAUCAGCUUGUGGUUACGAGACGAUAGUGCAGAUGCUGCUCGAGAAGGGGGCCGAUGUUAAUGCUCAAGGAGGAGAUGAAUACGGCAACGCACUAGGGGCCGCAUCAGCAGAAGGUCACAAGACGGUAGUGCAGAUGCUGCUUAAUGCAGGAGCCAUAGACGACUACGAGGAGGAGGAGUAUGCUCUGCGAAACCUGAAUUAA